CUUUUCCCAUCCAGGCGAGCGACGGAGGCGCCGAUGCCAGGUGGCAUUCAGCUACCUGCCCCAGAAUGAUGAUGAACUUGAGCUGAAAGUCGGGGACAUCAUAGAGGUAGUAGGAGAGGUAGAGGAAGGAUGGUGGGAAGGUGUUCUCAAUGGGAAGACUGGAAUGUUUCCUUCCAACUUCAUCAAGGAGCUGUCAGGGGACUCGGAUGAGCUCGGCAUUUCCCAGGAUGACCAGCUGUCCAAGUCAAGGCCUGAAGGUCUCCCUCCAGCUUCUCUGCUGCCCUUUCCAGCUCAUGGAGCAAAAGGAAAGACUACCUUUGAAGGGACAAUUCUGUACCGAGCUGCACCGGGAAAGACGGAGGGCCACAGACGCUAUUACAGCUUAAGGGAAACCACAGGCUCCGAGAGUGAUGGGGGUGACUCAAGCAGUACCAAGUCUGAAGGUGCCAACGGGACAGUGGCAGCUGCAGCCAUCCAGCCCAAGAAAGUUAAGGGAGUGGGCUUUGGAGAUAUUUUCAAAGACAAGCCAAUCAAACUAAGACCAAGGUCAAUUGAAGUAGAAAAUGACUUUCUGCCAGUAGAAAAGGUAUGUGUGACAGUUUCUGUUUUAUUACAAUGUAAUGUGGAAUUCCAAAAGUACAUUGUGGGGUUUGACAUCAUUCUCUAGUAUGCUGCUGCUUUCCUUACUGAUUUCCUCUUGUGUUAGCUUUCCAUCACUAUAAUAAAAUAUGAGAUAAUUAACUCAUGAAAGAAAAGUUAUUUUGACUCACAGUUUUGGAGGUUCCAGCCCAUGAUUGGUUGACCUUACAGCUUUGUGCCUGUAGUGGGACAAAACUGCUCAC